CCAUACAUUACAUUGACCACGGAGGACACGGUGCGUUUGAAACAAGGCGGACCUCCGAUGAGUUCUCCGGCGAGGUCGACCGUGUCGGCCGCGAGCGCGGGAGGCGGGACCGCGACCACCGCUGCCGACGACGUCGCCGAUUCCAUCGAUGCGCUCUACCGCAAGGAUGAGGCCAUGGCCGAGCUCAGGUCGGAGGUAAUAGAGGCGCUGCGCAAGGAGGUCAAGUCGCUCGACGACGACAGCUGGAUGUUCGCCGCGCCGCGAACCCGCAUCAACCUCGUCUCCAGACCAGGUGCUUACCUGCCCAAACAACAGGGGAAAAUUGUGGAGCUGGAUCAAGCAUCCAAGAAGACAAGGAACUGCUAGGGAUUACAGGCUGUGAUGUGAUUUUUCGAGGACUCCAUCGUGAUUUAUAUCUGGAUUUCUAGCCAGUCUCUGCUUACAUGGGCUGUGAUGUGAUUUCAGUCACUUGUAGCUGCAUCCUGCUUAAUCUUUUUCGAUUACAUGCUAGGAUGUUUAAGUGGCCCAAGUAUGAUGGUGUUGUUCAUGACUUGUUCCUUUUCCACCAAAUCCUUGCAAAUCUAUCAAUUAGUUUUUUCAUACAUUUCGAGAUAAAAUAUAUCUCUUUUGUAGGUGUAGAUAUAAAAAAUAUGAGUUAAGAACACAUACACUUUUCACUAUCUUUGGUAUUGAGAGUCUUGACCAGCAAUACAUCAUAUAGAUUAACAGUGGCA